GCAUGGCGUGGGACAGCCAUAUCUCCUUCUGUUUUUCUCCAUUCAUUCAUUCAUUCAAAUUAAGGUAAAACGCUUGUCAAUAACCAAUGACCCUCCAUAAGAGAGCAUAUAUAUUUCUAUAUAUAAAUAGCACGAACAAGUGUUGCCCUGAUAACUAGGUUACACCCACGGAGGGAUAGAGAGAUAGAGAUGGACUGUCUUUCCUCCACACCCAACUCAUCUGCUUCUUCAACAGUAACAAUGGCGGCCCAGGCCAGACCCAAGGAGAAGAAGAGGUGUUGCAAGAGAAGCAAAGGAGUGAAGCUGUCGACGGACCCACAAAGUGUAGCUGCCCGACAGAGGAGGCACCGUAUUAGUGACCGGUUCAAGAUCUUGCAGAGCUUAGUGCCCGGAGGCAACAAGAUGGACACCGUUUCCAUGUUAGAGGAGGCCAUUCAUUAUGUUAAAUUCCUCAAGACCCAGAUAUGGCUGCAUCAAGCCAUGAUGAACUUCUUACAUGAUGACUCCUCUUCCCUCCUCUCUACUCCAGCUCUUUCUCCUAAACACUUGCUCUACUCAUCACCAGCCUUACCAACAGUGCCACCACCACCAGCUCUUCCAUCUUUUCCACUUACCAGCUUUCAAGGAAGCGACAGCAUGUUCUCUCAUGAGCCUAUCAACUAUUAGCUUAGACCUUGUUAUUUAGUAGUAGUGGUCUAUUGACUUACUAGCCCUCUCUCCUCUUGUUUGUGUUGCCCGUAUAUGUGAAUGAUGUAUUUGUAAAUCUAUCAUAAUCAUUCAGUCGGCCAUCUUGUUUACGUAGUUUAUGUAUCAUGUUUCCUUUUUCAUUUAGUCAAAUGGUGCAUUUGAGUGUUGA